AUGGGCCUGUUGAGAUGCACCUUGCUGCGCUGGAGCACCUUGACCUGCUGCUUGACCUCCGCCAGACGCAGCAGGGACGGUGGAAGCAGCUUGCGAUUGAGCAGAGGAGUCACCACGAUGCACUGGGGCAAGCAGGCGCGGACGAGCGUCAUGCUGGCGGUCACUCUAGCGGCCAUGGCAAUCCUACAAGUGCAUGCAGAGGAGGAGAAGGACAAAAAGUUGAAGGAGGCUGCAGAAACCUGGUUCACAAAGCAAGCCACAGGCUUGCUCGGCAAGAAAUUCCUGGAGAAAGUCAAAUGUGAAAAAUUCUUCUCAUUCCUUGAAACAGACCAUCCGGAUAUGAUCGACACCAAUGAGAAACGACUGAACGCUAUGUCUAUUUGUAAGAAGCAAAAGCAGAUAGAAAGAGACCGGAGAGAUUUACAAGACUAUGCGGUCAAAUACUUUCAUGAUCCAGAGGAAACUGAGCUUUCCAAUUGCAAGGAAUUUGCAGAUGAUUUUGCUGAUCACAAGAAGAAAACUCGAAAUCUCAAAGAUGCAGCAAAAGAAGCCAAGAACAUCUUCGAAGAUCAAGUCAAGUCGAUGAAAGAAGAGAUCUAA